GCAGCAUACGCAUACCACUGAUUGGUCCGUUAGGCGCUGUUUUCAUCACGUGGCAUCAAGAUGGCCACCAAUGACGGCAGUAAAGAUGGUCACGACAGCAUCCUGGAGCCUCUGUGUUUUCCAGAGGUGCCCCUCGGUGUCUGUGGGGCUGAGGCCCGUCAUCAUCCUCCACCUGAGCCGUCGCUGCUGUGUCUGUUCUGCUCCGAGUCGACUCCUCUGUCCCAGAAGGACGCUCUCCUCAAACACCUGCUGCUGCAGCACAAACUGCUGAUCGCUGAUGUCAAACUGAUCGCAGAGCUGCCACAGUACCUGUUGUACUGGAAGGGCAGAUUCCUGGAGCAGCCAGUCACUGACUUUUGCAGUGUGUUUAGAACCAACUCUACUGGACCAGUCGAGAAACAGGAGGAGUACUUCCUGCUGUGCGAUGUCCUUCCUGAGGACAGACUCCUCCGAGAGAAGCUUCAGCAGAAACGUCUUGAGACGGUGCUGGAGCAGCAGCAGGUGGAGAGAGACAACACCACCUUUCAGCGCAUCUGUAUGUUCUGCAACGAGGAGUUUACAGGAAACAGGUCAUCUCUGCUCAACCACAUGGCCAGAGAACAUUCCUUCAGUAUUGGUCUUCCAGACAACGUUGUCUUCUGUGAGGACUUCUUGGACACUCUGCAGAACAAACUGGACAAUCUGCAGUGUCUGUACUGCGAGAAGACGUUCAGAGAUAAAACCACGCUGAAGGAUCACAUGAGGAAGAAAAAUCACAGACGCAUCAACGCCAGCAACCAGGAGUACGACAGAUUCUACGUCAUCAACUACCUGGAGCUGGGGAAGACGUGGGAGGAGGUGCAGAGUGAAGACGACCGUGAAUUUGUUGAAGAUGAUGAUGACGAUUGGUCGGACUGGCGUGCUCACCCUGUGUCGGUGGUGUGUCUGUUCUGUGACCAUCAGUCAGAAACCAUGGAGCAGAUUUACACACACAUGAAGGAGGCUCAUGGUUUUGAUCUCCAUAAGCUGAGGACAGAUCUGAACCUCAGGUUCUAUCAGCAGAUCAAACUGGUGAACUUCAUCCGCCGGCAGAUUCACCAGAGCUCCUGCUACGGCUGCCAGGAGAAGUUUGACUCCAAAGCUGAGGUGCUGGGUCACAUACAGGCCCAGGGUCAUGUGAUGAAGCUGCCUGACGUCUCCACCUGGGAUCAGCCGCAGUAUUACUUCCCCACAUACGAGAACGAUGCCCUCUUGUGUACGUUAUCUGACAGUGACGCAGACGAAGAUCAAGAGACCAAUCAUAGCCUGGACGUCCCAGUGAUCGCAGAGGACGUCUCUGACCUGAGGGAACUGAGACAGAGCAGUGUCCUCAGAAAACUGCUGAAGAACAGGAGCUAGGAUGGAUGAGUGGAUGGAUGAGUGGGUGGAUGGAUGAUCAUAAAAUGACUGUUGUUCUGUGAGAACAAAGAUAAAUUCAUUCUUUGAUUUCGACUUUAUUUUUGAAUUAACAAAACUACAAAUAAAAUACAAAAGAGUGAAGAAGAA